AUGCCGUUUCAUCGCAAGUGUGCGAUGGAUUUGCGAGGAAAAACUAUAUGUCGCAAUGUUGCGAGGGAUCACCUUUUGUUCGCUUGUUCCGCCCUAGCCCGCUACCAGGUUCACGAGAAUCACCUUUUCCGUAGUCCAUAUCUGGGAAGUGAAGAUGGCGGCAGUGGAGACGGCGGCGGAGAGGAAGAGAUCUGCGGUGGUGGCGGAGAAGAAAGCUAUCUGCGGCGGUGGAGAGCAAGCGAUCUGCAGGGCCGGAGAGAGAGAGAGAGGAACACGGCUGCGGGAGAACAAGAGUGGUGGGAGGAGAAGAACACGGCGGCCGAGAGAAUGAGAAGGAUAAGCGGUGGCACGGAGAAGAGAAGGCUGCGGGAGAAAAAAAGGAGAGGGAGAAGAGAAGGAGAAGUGCCAAGAAGAGAAGGAGAAGAAGAGGAGAGGAAGAGAUCGGGCGGAGAGGAGAAGAAGAAGAAGAGGAGAGGAAGAGAUCGGGCGGAGAAGAGAUGGAGAAGAAAAGAAGACUAUGCGGCGGGCCAAAAAAAAAAUUGGUGGGAUUAUAUAUAG